AUGUCCCUCCUCCCCGGGCGCCCCUUCUCUCCUCCCUUCCUUGGGCACGGAGGCCAUCGAGGUGCGACCUGGCCGGGGGGGCAGGGCUUUGCCAGAGCGGGUCUGGCCCUGGGCUUGUUGGGGGAGAGCACCCGCUUCGUCCAUCCGGCAGGUGAGUCCCGCGCAGGCCUCGUCCCGGGGUGGCCGCGGUGCGCGCGAGCAGCCAGCAGAGGGCGGCAGAGAGACAGGAGUGGUCCACGGAGCAUCCCCAGCUCGCUAAGCCCAGCCGCGCCGAGCCGCGCGGACCCACCGAGCCCGCGCUCACCAAGCCCCGCUGGAACCAUGGCCAGCCCAUCAGGCAGCCCCGAAGACACGGGCAAGCUCAGAGGCAGGGAUGGCCGGCCGAGGAGGGAGGAAGACGAUGCCCCUCCAGAGGAGAAGAGGUUGAGGCUGGGGCUGGAAGCAGGAAUUGCAGAGACUGAGGAAGCAGAAGACGCGCCACGUCUGGGCACGGAGGACACCGGCACCCAGACAGGUGGCGAAGGCAGAGGUGGCAUCAUCUUCCGCAGCCUGAAGGGCACGGUUGGAGACCAGAAGCUGAGUCUGGCCGGGCCUAGGAAGGUGCUGGUCAGUGUCCUGCUUCAUCAGGGCAUCUCUAACCCCAGCUUGGACCUGGACCUCAAGUGA